AUGUGUGGUAUUUUCGCUUACCUAAACUUCCUAACCCCUAAAACCCGUAGCGAAAUCAUUGACGUGUUGAUCAAGGGCCUCCAACGUAUGGAAUAUCGAGGGUACGACUCGGCUGGUAUUGCUAUCGAUGGUGGGAAUGAGCCUGAUGCUCCUCACAAUGAAGUGCUGCUGCUCAAAAAAGUCGGGAAGGUGUCAGUACUGGAGGAGUCAAUUAAAGAGUGCUCAGCAUCGCUGAACAUGGAUAUGCAAUACAACAUCCAUUGCGGAAUAGCACACACUCGAUGGGCCACUCAUGGUUCGCCGAAAGACGUUAACAGUCAUCCGCAAAGGAGUAACGAGAAGAACGAAUUCCUGGUUGUACACAAUGGAAUAAUCACUAACUACCGUGAAAUCAAGGAGUACCUGAAAAAGAAAGGACACAAGUUCGAGUCUGAAACGGACACCGAAGUGAUAGCUAAGCUCAUCCAGCACAUCCACGACCGCUACCCGGAUUUCUCGUUCAGGCAGCUGGUUGAGGUUGUCGUCCAGCAACUGGAAGGUGCAUUUGCGUUAGCCUUCAAAUCUCCCAAGUUUCCCGGACAACUAGUUGCCACUCGACGAGGAUCUCCUCUUCUUGUAGGAAUAAAGAGUAACAGCGAACUGCAGACAAACCAUUUCCCAGUUUCUUUCAGCAGAGCUCGACGAUUUGCCUCAACUCAAGCAACUCAUAUUCGCCAACAAUCCACGGAAGAAUCAUUCGCUGAAACUCCCAAUGCGUUAGAUUUGUCGUCGGGUGUUCGCUCUGCACACAUCCUUGAACAUUCCAGGGGACCUGCAAACAUUCGACCUUUUGAUUCUGAAGAUUGGGAGGUGGAAUAUUUCAUCGCGUCAGAUGCCGCCGCUAUCGUUGAGCACACCAAGCAGGUGUUGUUCCUUGAGGAUGACGAUAUCGCGUUUGUUGAGGACGGAGCCUUAUCAAUUCAUCGUAUCACUCGCAAAUUCUCUUCUGAAGACAAGCAGCAGACAAGAGAUGUUCAGAAUCUAAAUUUGGAACUACAACAGAUAAUGAAAGGCAACUUCAAAACGUUUAUGCAGAAGGAAAUCUUUGAGCAACCUGAGUCCGUCAUCAACACAAUGCGUGGUCGCGUGCAGCAAAGUGGACAAGUGGUGCUGGGAGGAAUAAAGGACUACGUAGCAGACAUCAAAAGAUGUCGACGACUCAUAAUGAUCGCAUGCGGCACUUCUUAUCAUUCAGCCAUCGCUUGUCGUCAGAUUCUCGAGGAGCUCUCCGAGCUGCCGGUUGUGUUGGAGUUAGCAUCUGAUUUUCUGGAUCGUAAGACACCGAUCUUCCGCGAUGACGUUUGUAUAUUUAUUUCACAAAGUGGCGAAACAGCUGAUACACUUAUGGCUCUAAGGUACUGUAAACCUCGCGGUGCCCUUCUAAUUGGUAUCACAAACACCGUCGGAUCAUCGAUUUGCCGUGAAUCUCAUUGUGGAGUUCACAUUAAUGCAGGACCAGAAAUUGGUGUCGCAUCCACUAAGGCCUACACGUCGCAAAUUUUGUCGCUUCUCAUGUUUGCGUUGGUUUUGUCAGAUGAUCGCAUUUCUAUGAUGAACAGGAGGCGAGAGAUUAUUGAAGCCCUUAAUAAGCUACCUAGUUUAAUUCGGGAAGUUUUGGAGCUGGAUAAGGAAACAUUGGCGAUCGCCCAAGAAAUCUAUAAAGAGAAGUCGCUUCUAAUUAUGGGAAGAGGUUUCAACUUCGCUACAUGUCUUGAAGGUGCACUUAAAAUAAAGGAGUUGUCUUACCUACAUUGUGAGGGAAUUAUGUCUGGAGAAUUAAAACAUGGUCCUCUGGCUAUGGUAGAUGAAAAUCUCCGCAUUUGCAUGAUCAUUUGUAAUGAUUUGGUUUAUAAGAAGUCUCUGAAUGCCCUUCAGCAGGUAGUUGCCCGCGGUGGAGCUCCAUUUAUCAUUGCUGACAAGACUGUCCCAGAAAAAGAUUUGGCGGGUAUGAAGCAUGUGCUGAGGAUUCCAAAGACCGUUGAUUGUGUCCAGAACAUUCUCACUGUAAUUCCUCUUCAGUUGAUGGCGUACCACAUCGCUGAACUCAAUGGGCAAAACGUUGAUCGUCCACGGAACCUGGCGAAGUCGGUCACCGUGGAAUGA